AUGGGGGACAAGCCAAAGCACAGAAAGGGCUUAUGGUCACCCGAAGAAGACCAGAAGCUCAGAAACUAUGUCCUCAAACAUGGACACGUCUGCUGGAGCUCUGUCCCUGUCAACGCUGAGCUGCAGAGGAAUGGGAAGAGCUGCAGGUUAAGGUGGCUUAAUUACUUAAGACCAGGAUUAAAACGAGGGCUAUUCUCCGCACAAGAAGAGGAGACUGUCCUCACCCUUCAUCGCAUGUUGGGUAACAAGUGGUCACAAAUUGCACAACAUUUGCCUGGAAGAACAGAUAAUGAGAUAAAGAAUCAUUGGCACUCCUAUCUUAAGAAGAGAGCUCUCAUAGCUGAACCUCAAAACAAGACGCAAUGCGGCAAUCCAAGCUCAGACCACUACAUCGACUCUGCAAAAACACUUGAAAACCAGGCAAAAUCUUAUCAACCUGCAACCAUGCAGGGCUUUGGUCUUCCCGAACCAGAGGUUUUAUUCGCUGAAUGGCUAACACCAGAUCAUGUUCAUCAUGGAAGCUUGGAUGUGUUUGGUAAUUACUCAAGCCUCGAGGAUGGUCUAAUGCAAGGCCAUCUAUUCAAUGAAGGAACAGCAUUUGGUGGCAAGUAUGAUACCAAUAAUCCUGCAAGUGAUGCUUCAACAAGUGACGUGUUUGGUUCAGUGUUCAAAUUUUAGGAUCAGAGUCCAGGGACGGGAGUGACCGGCAGUUUCAUUGAUUUCAACAGUACUGGGCAUGAUAUAUGUAGUAGUCAAUGUAACAUCAAACACAUGAUCUUGUGUAGUGUGUUAACCAAUCUCAUGCAUGAAAAAUAUCAAAUUAAUGU